AUACAAAGAUUAUGUGUUCUUUCCUAGACCUCAGAAUAUAUUAUUCAAGCCUACAAGUAUGGUGCAUUUGAGAAGAUCCCAGAAUUCAUUGCUUUUAGAAAUAGGCUGGACUCCUCACUUCACUUUGCACAAGUCCGCACUGAACGGAUGUUGUUAGACCUUUUACUUGAAGCAAAUAUAUCAACCAGUUUAGAAGAAAGUAUAAAGUCCAUGAGUCUGAGUCCAGAGGAAGAUGACAUUCCUUGGAAAGAUUUGCAUGACAACCGAGACCUUAAGGUCUUAUUAAAUUGGGAUCCAAAAGACAGGGACAUUUCUGAGGUGCAUAGGAAACUGUCGUUGGAGGAAGAAACCAUCUGGUUGCAAAUCCGAUCUUUAACUUUAAGACUAGUAAGCGGACUCCCAACUCUUAAUCAUACUGUUCACCCAAAAAACUCUGAAAAGACUGCUGAGAAUGGUGUCUCAUCCAAAAUUGAUACAAUACGGUCCCUGCUUCAACAACUGGAAGUAGCAGUGGAUUCAGGGAAGCGGUUUCUUGAGCAGAAUAUCCAGGUACUUGUUAAGGAAAAGUGAUCCCAGAAUCUUUAAUGACCAUGAAUGCAAACACAGAAACUCUGUGAAUCUUGUAAAGUGCUUCAAAAUUCACUUAAUUGAUCCUGAAUUUGUAGUG